AAAAGAUAUAAUCCUUGAACAUUCUGGUUCCAUGAAUUGAUUACAGCAUAGAGUUACCCAAAAACAGUAUGAUCAAUUCAUAACUUUUUUGUCUGAGAGUUGCCCAAAAACCUUCACUCACUGUUACCCAUCAUUUUCUAUAUAUAGUUUUCGAAUCCCCUCCUCAUUUCAUCAUUCCUUGGCUUAUCACACUAAGGAGAUUGGAAACUGAUAUCUGUGGGCAAAUUGCUUUGUUUGUAGAGAAAAUGGCUGGCGUUCAGAAGGUUUUUGUAGUGGGUGCAUUUGCAAUGUUGUUGAUGACAACUUUAAUGCCAAUGGCAAUGGCAGCAAACGCUAUGACCUGUAAUACUGCAGUGCAAAAUUUGGUUCCGUGCUUAACAUUCUUACAGUCAAAUGGAAUGGGGACCCCAUCAGCCAAGUGCUGUAGUGGAGUGAAUACGCUGGCUCAAAUGGCUAAAACCUCCGCAGCUAAGCGACAGAUUUGUAACUGUCUCAAACCCCAACUCAACAGUAGCGUCAAAGCCACUGAUGCUGCUGUUACUAAUCUUCCUAUUAAAUGCAAGGUUCCCCUUGGCUUCAAAAUCAGCAAGAGUACCAACUGCAACACGUUGUAAGCCAUUGAUGGCGGUGCAAAGUAGUCUAGUAUUAUGCUUAUAUGUGGAUUGUUCCUCAUAAAUAAAGAUCCGGGGGCUCAGAGCUUCUCAGUGAAUCUAUCAUCUAUUAUUAUGUAUGUUGUUGAAGUUUUCUAUUGGAGAAAUAUAUAUUAUUAGUAUUAUUGUUCC